UUGGUAGAUGCUCUCUUUGCUUUAAUAACAAUAGUGUAGUGUACAUACAGACAUCAGCCUAAACUGGAUUGAUUAAAAAACUAAAUACGCCUGCAGACGAAGAGGAAGUAUUGAACAAAAUUUGUCGGGAAAGAUUAUCAUGGUCGCGCUGGUGGUUCUAGCGGUGGUGACAUCCACUGCAAUUGCAGCGCAAGAUACUGAUGUGGGGUACUAUUACGAACUACCGAGGCUUUUUCACCUGGACGACUGGGAGGAGUGCGCGGCGAGAGAUGGGAGGUACUGCCUCGGGACCUUCGACCUCAUGCGGCAUCAGAACGAUCGGCUCUACAACGUUAUACAGCACGUGUCAAGGGACAGAUAUCGGUUCAACCACACGCGCCUGCAUCGAGGGCUGUGCCUGCCGUCAUCAUGUGCUCACUUCCACGAGCAUUCUCCAAGAGCACAAUUCAGCGCCUGCGUGACCAACAUGACACAAGAUCUCUACGGCUUGGAGACUAACCUCACAGAACUGCAGUACUGCAAGACAGCUGGAGAGAAAAGGCCCCUGGACCAAUGGGACCUCAGUUUUCUGUACGGGGCAGGAUUACUCCUGCUGGCCAAUGUUUUGGGUACGGCUUACCACGUGAUGGCAAGCAAGGAUGGCAUAUUAAUCAAGCAGCUCAUGGCCUGGUCAUUGGUGGAGAACUGGCGACGACUGACGGCAGACCACAGUAAGGGUGGGGAUGCCAGGUUAUCAGCUCUGAAGCCUAUACAGGGGAUGAAAGCCCUGACGCUGGUGCUGGUGAUGUUGGCUCACUCAGUGCUUGCCUACCACCUCACAUACCUCUACAAUCCACGGUUCUUCGAGGAAAGCAGUCACCACAUCCUGUCAGCAUACUUGCAGAAUGGCACAUCCAUAGUCCAGACGUUCAUCAUGGUCUCAAGUUUCCUUCUGGCGUACAACCUGCUCCUCCACAGCGCUGAUAACCCUAAGAAGCAACUCUCCUUGAAAAUGUUUCCCCGUUGCUUGGUGCACAGAAUUGCCAGAAUAUCACCUUUGUACGUAUUCGUGUUGGGCCUGGCCGCAACCUGGUGGGCGCAUGCUGGCGACGGACCUCUUUGGAGCCCGAUGGUAGAAGAUGAGGCGGCGCGCUGCAGAAACAAAUGGUGGCCCCAAGUACUGUUUGUCAAUAACGUUGUUCCUCGCCGUAGACAUGCAGUUAUACAUCAUCUGCGCGGUGUUGAUUCUGCUGCUGGGCAGGUGGCCGCGAGUGGCUGUCAAGAUCCUGGCUGUCUGUAUUUUCGGGUCAAUGUUGAUGAACUUCGCAAUUAUAUACAACUGGCAACUGAAGCCAAUGGUAUUGCUUAUGAUACCAGAGUUGAUGAGAACACAGUUCCCUGGCGAGCGUUCGUUCACAUGGCUGUACUCCGCGCCGUGGGACAGUCUACCUGCAGCACUAAUUGGUCUGUUGACGGCCUUCUUGUAUCAUUGUCAUCAGGAGGACGGAUACCAGCCAGCGAAGAGUAGGUGCAUGCGAAUACUGUAUCGUCUGUCAGUUCCAUGUAUGUUUCUAUGGGUCGUCGGGGGCUACUGGAUAAAGGGUGUCACCCAUCCCGUGGUAGUAACACUGUAUGCGACUGUAGACCGGCCUGUGUUCAUGACGCUGACUGCCUUUGCAAUGUACGGCUUCAUCAAUAAAAUUGAUAGUGAGUAUGAGACUUAAUUUUUAAAUUGUAUUAAAUGGAAAGGUGGCUAUUAUUUUUUAAA